AUGGCGACAGAAGGCGAAUCUAUUGCGGAUCUCUCGUCCAGGUCCAUGUCGGAUCUGGACAACCGGUCCGACACCACCGAUGAUGACCUCUCCCCCUCUCUUACUACCGCUCAAUCGUAUACCUCGGUACCGUCCCUACGUCCAACUCUAGACAAGACCGGAAUCACCCCAUCAUCAACGCAUCUGGGUCAGCUCAACGCGGCCCGGCGCGGUGCGGGGACCCCUCCUCGUCCACAAGCCUCAAUGAGCGGCGCGCAGCCUGGAGGAUUAAAUCAGGAUAUCUUGGCAAAGAUGAAGGCUUUCUCUUUGUCCAGACAGGGUGCUCCGCCGGCUUUGGCGCAUGCCAAUACAACCGGCCUGGUACCCAGGGCUUCUCCAUCGGUGUCGGGCGCGAGCCCAAUAUCGGGCCAGUCUCCGUCAGUCGCGAACGGCCCGUUGGCAGGUGCUCUUUCCGGGCGUCUACCACCGGUGGCAGUCCGACCGGGUACCAAGAACUGGGUUUCUUCGCCUUCGGUGCCUCAUGGGUCAUCUCCGGGUCCUUCUCCCAAACCCGGCGGCUUGGCCGCGAAACGUAUGAAGCCAGGUCUCAAGCUGUCCGAUGCCACAGGUUUGAACGGGUCAUCAUCGCCAAGCCAACCUUCUACUGGCGGCCCUGCCGUGCCCGAGACAGCAUUCAGCAAAUACUCGGAAUUCAUCGACACACAAUCGGGCACAUUGAAUUUUAAGAACAAAGCUGUUCUACACGGUGGCGGUAUCGAAUUCUCGUCAGGUCAUAGUUUCAAUAUUUCUCUAGAUGAGGUCGACCGUCUGGAGGAGUUGGGCAAGGGUAAUUACGGAACAGUUUACAUGGUUCGCCACAGCCGCCCUCACAUGCGUAAACCUGGACUGGGAUUACGGGGCAUAGUCAGUCGCACUGAGGAUGGGAGUGCGGCUACCCCCGUGGUGAAAUCGCAGGACCAGCUCUCUGGAGUCGUCAUGGCGAUGAAGGAGAUCCGCUUGGAGCUGGAUGAGAGCAAAUUCGCGCAGAUCAUCAUGGAGCUGGAAAUCCUCCACCGCUGCGUCUCGCCAUUUAUCAUCGACUUUUAUGGCGCCUUUUUCCAGGAAGGUGCUGUUUACAUUUGUGUUGAGUACAUGGAUGGCGGCUCGAUCGACAAGAUUUACAAGGAGGGAAUGCCCGAGAACAUCCUUCGCAAAGUUGCAUUAUCCACUGUCAUGGGCUUGAAGACCCUCAAGGACGACCACAAUAUUAUUCAUCGCGAUGUCAAGCCCACGAAUAUCCUUGUCAACACGCGCGGACAGGUCAAGAUCUGCGAUUUCGGUGUCAGUGGAAACCUGGUCGCCAGUAUCGCGAAAACAAACAUUGGUUGUCAGAGCUACAUGGCCCCCGAACGUAUUGCGGGCGGUGGUGUACAGCAAUCUGGAACAACUGGGGGUGGAACUUAUAGCGUCCAGAGUGAUGUCUGGAGCUUGGGUUUGUCCAUCAUUGAGUGUGCCAUUGGUCGGUACCCAUAUCCUCCGGAGACUUUCAACAACAUUUUCAGCCAAUUACACGCCAUUGUCCAUGGAGACGCACCGACACUCCCGGAAGCCGGCUACUCUGAAGAAGCGCACGCCUUUAUCCGUGCAUGCUUGGACAAGAACCCGAACAACCGCCCCUCAUACAGCAUGCUACUUCGACAUCCCUGGCUCUCGUCACUUAUGCAGCCCCCUACCGAGGCCGACGGCGAGGAUGCAGUUGAUGGCUCGGCGAAGGAAGCGACAGAGGAUGAGGAAGUUGCGGCUUGGGUGAAGGACAAGCUAGACCGUCGCCAGCGUGGCCUACUCCAAGAAGCAAAUAAACCUGCGCUGCACGCCGUCGCUCUGGAUGCCGUUCCUGGAAGUCCUCUCCUCGACGACCCCUCGGCAAUCUCAGCUCAAGGUUGA